AUGAAUACAGCAAAUUUUCGCUUUUACAUUAAAGUGCAUACUGCACUUAAUAUUCAAGCAAGAAUUAUUCAUGAUGAAUUGUAUUCUGUUUGUGGUGAUCAAGCUUCUUCUCUGAGAAUAGUUGAACGAUGGUCUAAGUUGUUUCGUGAAGGUCGAGAAGAAAUUGAAGAUGAAGUAGGACCUGGUACGCCUGUUACUGAAACAACAUCUGAAAAUAUUGAACAGGUUCGACUUCUUAUCGAUGAUGAUCCUUACACUAGAAUAGAAGAGGUGCAAGAACAAACUGGUUUAACCUACGGCAUCAUUCAUCGAAUCAUCACCGAUCAUCUAAAACUUAAGAAGAUUACCGCUGAUUAUAUACCCAAAGACCUGACUGAUUUUCAAUGGGCUGAACAAGUUGGAAUAUGUAAACAAAAUUUAACAAAAUUUUAA